UGACAUGAAGUAAUUAUGCAGAUAUAAACGCCGUCUAUUUUGGUGUUUGCUACUUUGCAUUGUAAAGACAAAUUCAUCCGAAAAUUUCUGCAGUUUUUGAUAGAAAUCAUGGCAGCACGUAACACAAGCUCGUCGAGUUUGACUGAUUUGAUACGUAAGGAUAAUUCAGUGACAGUUCCAGGCGUUAGCAGGUCAGACAGACGUCCAUUUGCAAUUUCUCUUUCAAUAUCAUCGGGUGCUGAAUGGCAAGAUGUUGUCAAUCAAGUUACAACUCUUUUUCAAACGAAGAAAAUGUCGAUAAAACUACACGAACUUACGGAGAAAGUAAAAAACGUCAAGGCAGAAUUGGGUGCGCAAAUUAACGAUUUUUAUCAAGAGUCGAUCCUUAAGAAAGGCAUGAUAAUAUUGCGUGAAGAAGUUAGAGAAAAAUCCAGUGAUUUUUUGAACAAACUCUCCGACUGUUGGACUGUAUUCUUUUGCAAUAUCUUACCAACACUUCAAGCCGUGUUCGUUUCAUUGCCGCAGUCUAACGGCCUUUCUGUUCGUGAAGUUUCACUUGUUUAUUUCAGAGACAUUAUCGUCUUAAAGACUAAAUUAGAUAAAGUUAUUGACCAAGGAAUAGAGGUUCCCCCCCGUAUUGUUCAAAUGUUGCUCGUACUACAGAGCGUACAUGACAAAAAUUUGGAGAAUUAUCAGAAGUUGGAAAAACUAGUUGCCAAGACCGUAAAUCCAUAUCUGUGUACGUCUAUUCUUUCUCUCCCUAAACCCAAGUUGUCGGUUGUGGACAGUGAUGCUGUGGAGCAACAUCAGACUAAAAUCUUUACAAUUGGUAACGAAAGACUUGAUCCUGUGAUGGAGGUUGAGGUUGGAUCCCAGCGAUCAUCAGUGUCCUCUGUAUCAAAUGAAAGCACAGUGCCAAAUGCCACUCCUGUGUAUAAACCAUCUGUACUCGAAUCUGAUUAUUCUGCUUCUCAUCCAUUGUCGUGAACAUGUUGAAAUGUUUAACUCACUUCUCAUUUGCUAAUGUAUUGCUGAUGUAUGAAAAGACUUGGAAAAAUUCCUUCUGCCAGUAUGAAAGUGAGCAAUGAGAAUUCAACUUAUGCCGCACAGUUGUCUACACAAUGUCUCGCAUUUAAAGAAAAUUUAGGCGCAAAAUCGAUACGUGUUCACAACUGUUGCUGUAAGCAAAAGUAAGCAUUCAUUGUAGGAAAUAAAUGGACUUUAAAAGGAAUGUUGAAAUAACUAUGUGCAACGUAUUUAAAUGUAUGUCCCUAAGUACUAUCUUUAAGACUUUGUUUGUUAAAGAUGAAAGUCUUUCACUUUUGUGAAAAAAAUUUGUUGUCCACCUCUGA